AGCUAGAUCACCUCUGCGAGACUGCGACAAACUUAUAACAUUUCUUCAAAUUAAUUCUCACAAAUUCAGCACUACAAAUUUCAUCGCAAUUUAAUUCCCCCAAUUAAUUAUCCACAGAAAAAUGAUGAAAGAGAGAGCUGACUUUGGCAAAAAGUCACAUUUCAGAUCCUUUUAGAGAAAGGCCAUUCCGGUUCUCGGCUAGGCGACAAUGUCAGUGGUGAAAUUUCUGUGUGUGUUGGUGGCGGCGGCGGCGGCAGCGGAGGCGGCGGCAGUGGCCGGGACUGCGCCGUACAGAAUCCACACGCUUUUCUCGGUUGAGUGCCAGAAUUACUUCGAUUGGCAGACGGUGGGCCUCAUGCACAGCUUCCGCAAAGCCAGGCAGCCCGGCCCGAUCACCAGGCUGCUGAGUUGCACUGAGAAAGAAAGGAAGAAUUAUAAAGGCAUGGACUUGGCGCCCACGUUUGAGGUCCCUUCUAUGAGUUUGCACCCCAAGACUGGUGAUUGGUAUCCGGCAAUUAACAAACCAGCCGGUGUAGUCCACUGGCUUAAGCAUAGCAAAGAAGCAGAAAAUGUUGAUUGGGUGGUUAUAUUAGAUGCUGAUAUGAUCGUCCGGGGUCCAAUCUUGCCGUGGGAGCUUGGUGCUGAGAAAGGCAGACCAGUUGCUGCAUAUUAUGGGUACUUGAUUGGAUGUGACAACAUUCUUGCUAAAUUACACACAAAGCAUCCUGAACUUUGUGACAAAGUUGGUGGGCUUUUAGCAUUUCAUAUUGAUGAUCUUCGAGUUUUUGCACCCAUGUGGUUAUCAAAAACUGAAGAAGUACGGGCAGAUAAAGCUCACUGGGCUACCAAUAUCACUGGUGACAUAUAUGGAACAGGGUGGAUCAGUGAAAUGUAUGGAUAUUCAUUUGGCGCUGCAGAGGUGGGACUUCGUCACAAGAUAAAUGAGAACUUGAUGAUUUAUCCAGGCUAUGUUCCUAGAGAGGGUGUAGAACCCAUCCUGAUGCACUAUGGCUUACCUUUUAGUGUAGGGAAUUGGUCAUUCAGUAAGUUAGAACAUCAUGAAGACAGUAUUGUGUAUGAUUGUGGGCGCCUCUUUCCCGAACCUCCUUAUCCUAGAGAGGUGAAAGAAAUGGAAAGUGAUCCAAACAAAAGAAGGGCGCUAUUUCUUGAUUUAGAAUGUAUAAAUACCCUGAAUGAAGGUUUAUUGUUGAACCAUGAAAAGCAUGGCUGUCCGAAGCCAAAGUGGUCAAAAUAUUUGAGUUUCUUAAAGAGCAAAACGUUCGCAGAACUAACACAACCAAAACAACUGACUCCAAAAAGCCUCGAGAUGAUGGAGGAGGUUCACGAACAGAAGCAAGAUGUUGGUGAGCCGGAAAAGCCUUACCCGAAAAUACAUACUAUUUUCUCAACAGAAUGCUCCCCUUACUUUGAUUGGCAAACUUUGGGGCUUGUCCAUAGUUUCAACAAGAGCGGCCAGCCAGGGGAAAUCACAAGGCUUCUAAGUUGUACGGACGAGAACUUGAAGCAAUACAAAGGACGUGAUCUAGCUCCCACUCAUUAUGUCCCGUCCAUGAGCCGGCAUCCAUUAACAGGAGAUUGGUAUCCAGCAAUCAAUAAACCAGCUGCAGUCGUGCAUUGGAUUAACCAUGUAAAGACCGAUGCAGAAUACAUUGUGAUUCUGGAUGCUGACAUGAUAAUGAGAGGACCAAUCACACCGUGGGAGUUCAAAGCAGCCAAGGGCAGACCCGUUUCGACUCCCUAUGACUACCUAAUUGGCUGCGACAAUGAGCUUGCAAAGAUCCACACUCGUCACCCUCAACUUUGUGACAAGGUUGGAGGUGUGAUCAUAAUGCACAUAACGGAUCUCAGAAAAUUUGCGCUGCGUUGGUUGCACAAAACGGAGGAAGUCAGAGCCGAUAUGGCCCAUUGGCCUAAAAAAUUCACCGGCGAUAUUUAUGAAGCUGGUUGGAUCAGUGAGAUGUAUGGUUACUCCUUUGCUGCAGCAGAGUUGAAUCUACGGCAUAUCAUAAGCACGGACAUCCUGAUAUAUCCCGGAUAUGUUCCUGUACCCGGUGUGAACUAUAGAGUAUUUCACUAUGGCCUGGAGUUUAGGGUCGGUAACUGGAGCUUCGACAAAGCUAAAUGGAGACAUAUGGAAGUCGCUGACAAAUGUUGGUCUACGUUUCCUGACCCUCCAGAUCCAUCAACCCUCGACCGGUCUAACGAGGAGUCGUUACAGCGCGACUUGCUGAGCAUAGAGUGCGCAAAAUCCUUGAAUGAGGCUCUACGUGGUUAUUAUAGAAAGAAAUGCCCCGAUCCCAAUUCCUUGCUCCCUCCAGCACGAGAAACGCGCCAUCCUCCUUCCUUGACGACUCCAACUCAGAAGUCCCCAGACCCUCCCGCCCUGCGCCUUCCAGAGCAUGAGACGGUCAGUGAAAUAACAACCGGGAGGAAGAUCGGGAAACUCGAGAAAAUUGAUGUCUCGAGGCAGGAAACAGAGGUGAAGAACGAAACUAAUGAGCUGUCUCCGCCAGCGGAGACGAACCAGGCCUUCACUUCGAUGAGAGUCUGGAUAAUGGGCCUCUGGGCGUUCUCCAUCGCCGGUUUUGUGGUAGUGAUGUAUGUGAUGGUCUCAAAUCGAAGAGGCCAGAGAAAGCGGGGGAAGACGUAUAAACCCAAGAGACGAAGCUCGUAUACAGGAUCGUGGGAACGCAAUGCUGAGAUGUCGUAGCGUCUCUUGGUAUAUUGUGAUGGACUCAUUGGCUUGCUAAUGCGCACUUGUUGCUUGCAGAGAUGCCGAGUGGAGCAAAGCGCUCAUCAUCUGAAGCGUAGCGCCUUUCGUUGCAGAAAGGCGGACGUCCAUGGCUGGCUUGUCUCUCCGGUUGGUAGACGUACACGGUCGUCGGAACAGGGUAUGAUUUUGCUUCCAUUUUUGUAAUCGGAGUUUUUAACGACGAUCUAGAGACUACGGUAUACUUGGGACUUUAAUUCUCACGGAAAAGAUAUUUAUACAGAAUGAAUAAUGUCACUGUGAAAAACUUUCUUGCUUUCUUUCUACUAGAAAUACAGAAUGUGUUUCUUUUCU